CUAAACGUAAACAACAAACAUUUAUAUACUGGCCUUUUUACCGCGACACCCCUGCUUUUAAACGAAGACAUUUACCCGGCGAGGUGAAGAAAACUGCUCGAAGUUCGUCAUUUCUGGUCACUUGGAGCACCUCUCCGGUGAGGUUCAGCCACCUGCCAGCCACAGGAGGAACUCUGCGGAAGUCCAGGAUCCUAAUGCGGGGAUCACAUGAAUGAUUCACCGCUAACCACACAGCACGGCAGUACAAAUUCAGAGUACCGUAAUCAAAGAGGCCUCCAGAUGAUGACCUCUCCAUCAUGGCUCACCGUGGCAACGACCCCCAGGGACGAGCACACAGCCAGAAUCUCAGAUUUGUGGCCAGAGCCGGGUAUCCACGACAUGUCACCUCUCAGAAAUACGUCCUAUGUCACACAAAUAUGAGAAGCAGAAAACAAAAGCUAUCGACAGUGAAGUCAAUCCUGUAUGGAAUGAGGUGCUUGAGUUUAACCUGAACGGAGCACCUCUGGAAGCCAACUCCCACCUCGAUGUCAUUGUGAAAGACUCUGAGACCUUUGGGAAAGAUAAAUUCCUUGGCUCAACAAGAAUUCCGUUGAGAGAUCUUGCCUCAGGUCAACUUAGAUCCCUGCCAUCCAAAAAUGUUUCUCUGGUUAAUGAGAGUGGCCACAGUAUUGGUGCCACCAUAAACCUUGUCAUUGGUUAUGAUCCUCCAGCCAAUGCUAUGCUAAAUUCCAACGAAUCCCACGAUGGCGAUUCCACGGUGGAUUCUGGUGGAGGUGGAGAACAAGGUGACCAGGUGGCACCUGAUGGGGCUCUUAGUGGUUCUGUUAGGGGCCCCUCGUCUCCGGGCUAUUCCUCGAGCCUCCGUCAGCGGGUUGCAAGGGCACAGAAUCGACACCGGCUUGUCAACAAACCUCAGGACUUUCAAAUCCGCGUCCGGCUCAUAGAGGCCCGUCAGUUGCCUGGCAACAACAUUAAGCCAGUGGUGAAGGUCCAAGUGUGCGGCCAGACCCACAGGACACGGAUCAAGAGGGGAAACAACCCCUUCUUUGAUGAGAUGUUCUUCUAUAACGUCCACAUGCUUCCAUCAGACCUUUUUGAACAAAAUAUCAGCUUCCGGGUGUAUAAUUCCUACUCCCUCAGAGCCGACAGUCUCAUGGGAGAAUUUAAGCUUGACGUUGGCUAUGUGUAUGAUGAAAUAGGCCACUGUGUUAUGAGGAAGUGGCUGCUCCUAAAUGACCCCGAUGACUCCAGCUCUGGGGCGAAAGGGUACCUGAAAGUCAGCCUCUUUGUGGUGGGGAUCGGGGAUGAGCCACCGGCGGAGAAGAGGGAGUCCGAUGACGACCAGGAUGAUAUCGAAAGCAACUUGUUGCUUCCAGCUGGUGUCACGCUACGAUGGGCUACGCUGUCACUGAAAGUGUUUAGAGCUGAAGACAUUCCCCAGAUGGAUGACGCAUUCGUCCAGUCGCUGAAGGAGGUUUUUGGAGCAGAUGAAAACAAGAAGAACCUGGUGGAUCCUUUCAUUGAGGCUUGCUUCGCCGGCAAAAAGCUGCGUACUCAAAUCAUCGAGAAGAAUGCCAACCCCGAGUGGAACCAAGUGUUGAAUCUCCAAGUCAAGUUCCCUUCCAUGUGUGAACGUGUUAAACUGACCGUUUUUGAUUGGGACCGUGUGACUGGGAAUGAUGCUGUCGGCACCACAUACCUGAACCUGGCUAAAAUAGCAUCCUCUGGGGGUGAGAUAGAAGAGGAACAUGCUGGAAAUGGGGAAAUGUCGUCAUUUGAAGCUGAGACCGGAGAGUCGGAGGUUGGUUUCCUGCCGGUCUUUGGACCCUGUUACAUCAACCUCUAUGGCAGCCCCCGUGAGUUCACUGGACUGCCAGACCCUUAUGAAGACCUCAAUUAUGGGAAGGGGGAAGGAGUGUCCUACAGAGGUAGGAUGCUGGUCGAGAUGUCCACAAAGCUGGAGGGCAAAGUUGAUAAAACGGUAGACAGCAUCCCGAGUGAUGACAUCCUGGUGACACAGAAGUACCAGAGGAGAAGGAAAUACUGUCUCUGCGCAGUUUUCCACAGCGCCUCCAUGAUACAGGAACCGGGAGAACCAAUCCAGUUUGAGGUCAGCAUCGGUAACUAUGGCAACAAACUGGACACCACUUGCAAACCACUGGCCUCCACCACUCAGUAUAGCUGCGCUGUGUUUGAUGGUAAUCACUAUUAUUACCUGCCGUGGGCGGGCACCAAGCCUGUGGUCGUGGUCACCUCAUUUUGGGAGGAUAUCAGCCACCGCAUGGACACGAUCAAUAUAAUCCUCUACAUCUGUCACCGCUUGCAAACUAACCUGGAGAUCUUUAAAACUGCUAUCUCAGCUAAAGCACCUGACAACCAGCUUACUGCUGUUUGGGUGAAGUUACUCACUCAGCUGAUUGAAGACUUAGAAAAUUUCCCAACACCUGAGCUGGAGGGCCGCUCCAACCUGACAUCGCUGGACAUCCAGCUGAAGAAGCUGCGGGACAGCGGCUUGAAUGGCGUCAAGGAGGCAGCCAGACGCAUGAGAGAGGAGGCACGAGACAUUGCUGACACUUUGGUGGACAUUGAGUCGUGGGCAGACAAGCUGAGGAUGCUUGCCGAAGAGCCCCAGAACAGCAUGCCGGACGUCAUCAUCUGGAUGCUGCGGGGCGAAAAGAGGGUGGCUUACAGCCGCAUACCGGCCCACCGGAUCCUCUACUCCACAUACAGCGAACAGGCCUGUGGGCAACACUGUGGAAAAACCCAAACUAUCUUUUUAAAGUACCCCAUGGACAAGAACAGAGGCUUGAAGGUGCCUGUUGAAAUAAGAGUCAACAUGUGGCUGGGUCUGGCUGCUCAUGAGAAGAAGUUCAACUCCUUCUCUGAGGGAACUUUCAGCGUGUUUGCAGAGCUGUAUGAGAACCAAGCCAGUGUGUUCGGAAAGUGGGGAACCACAGGAUUGGUGGGACGCCAUAAAUUCUCCGAUGUAACAGGCAAACUGAAACUGAAAAGGGAAUACUUCAUGCCCCCUCGAGGAUGGGAGUGGGAGUCUGACUGGUUUAUUGACCCGGAGAAAGCUCUCUUAACAGAGGCGGAUGCGGGACACACAGAAUUCAUGGAUGAGGUUUUCCAAAAUGAGACCCGCUUCCCCGGAGGAGAGUGGAAGGCUGCCUCCGAGCCCUUCACUGAUGUGAAUGGAGAAAAGAGUCGCAAUCCAGGAGAAUUUGAUUGUCCUCCUGGUUGGACCUGGGAGGAUGAGUGGACGGUCGACGACAACAGAGCGGUAGAUGAUCAAGGUUGGGAAUAUGGCGUGACCAUUCCUCCAGAUGACAAACCUCGGUCCUGGGCCCCCGCAGAGAAGGUGUACCAUGUCCACCGCAGGAGAAGGGUUGUUCGACCUCGCAGGAGAGCAGCACUUCCUGCAGGUGCAACCGUGGAGAGACGGGACCAAGGGGAUCCAGAGGGAUGGGAAUUCUCCUCGCUGAUUGGCUGGAAGUUCCACCGCAAGGAGCGAUCAUCAGAUACGUUUCGUCGGAGGCGGUGGAGGAGAAAGAUGGCACCGGAAGACCGCUUAGGAGCAUCUGCCAUCUUCAACCUGGAGGGUGCACUUGGUGUUGAUACAGAGGAGAAAGAGAGAAGCUCCGUGGGCGAUGUCACCAAGAUGUUUGGUGCCAACACACCCACUGUGUCCUGCUCCUUUGACAGGUCAUAUAUGUAUCACCUGCGUGUUUACAUCUAUCAAGCACGGAAUCUGACAUCUAUGGACAAAGACAGUUUUUCUGAUCCCUACGCCCACGUCUCCUUCUUGCAUUUAAGUAAGACGACAGAGAAGCUGCAAGCAACUCUCAACCCAACAUGGGACCAAACGUUGAUUUUUAACAAUGUGGAGAUUUACGGAGACCCACAGGCUCUUUCUCAGCACCCCCCAAACGUUGUCAUGGAGUUCUAUGACCAUGACCAAGUGGGCAAGGACGAGCUGCUGGGUCGCAGUGUUUGCGUUCCACUGGUGAAGUUAAACCCCGGCAUGGAUCAGACGCCUAAACUGCUGUGGCACCCCAUCAUGCAGAGGGGGCGUGUGGAAGGGGAGGCGCUGGUGGCUGCUGAGCUUAUCCUCAAAGACAAGUCAGGAGAGUCAGAUCUCCCCUUGGUUCCCCCAAAGCGGGCAGAGAACCUCUACAUGGUUCCGCAGGGCAUCCGGCCUGUUGUGCAGCUCACCGCGGUGGAGAUUCUAGCAUGGGGUCUGAGGAACAUGAAGCCUUACCAGUUGGCAACCGUGUCCUCACCCAGCCUCGUGGUGGAGUGCGGGGGGCAGAGGGUAGAAUCUGCGGUCAUCAGGAACAUGAAGAAGAGCCCCAACUUCCCCAGCUCCGUUCUCUUCAUCAAAGUGCUUCUACCAAAGGAUGAGAUGUACACGCCUCCCAUUGUGCUGAAGGUGAUUGAUCACCGCCCAUUUGGCAGGAAACCCGUAGUGGGCCAGUGCACCAUCACAUCUCUGGAGCGGUUCCGCUGUGACCCUUACAUCAUCACAGCAGAGGGAGCCAUGUCUUCCAAAAUGGCCCUCAUGGCCGCAUCUCCUUCCAAACACGUCUCCAUCAACAUGGAAGAAACCAGACCACUACUGGAAGCUCAGCUUGUAGAGAAGGAAAAGCAAACUGUGGACUGGUGGAGUAAAUUCUACGCUUCAGUGGGAGACCAAGAGAGAAGUGGACCUUAUCUCAAGAAAGGAUAUGACACACUCAAAGUGUACAACUGCGAACUGGAGAAUGUCCCAGAAUUCAAAGGGCUGACGGACUUCUGCAGCACCUUCAAACUGCAGCGUGGCAAGAACGAGGACGGUGACGACGACCCCACUGUGGUUGGCGAGUUCAAGGGCUCAUUCAAAGUGUACCCCCUCCCUGAUGACCCGGGUGUCACCUCUCCCCCUCGGCAAUUCCGGGAGCUGCCCGAUAGCGGGCCUCAGGAGUGUCUGGUCAGGAUUUAUGUGGUUCAAGGCAUCGAUCUUCAGCCAAAAGAUAAUAACGGCAGAUGUGAUCCGUACAUGAAGAUAUCACUGGGAAAGAACACGAUUGAUGACCGGGAUCAUUACCUCCCCAAUACCACCAACCCUGUGUUUGGAAGGAUGUUUGAAAUGACAGGCUUCCUGCCCCAAGACAAGGACCUGAAAAUCUCUGUGUACGACCAUGACCUUCUGAGUCGUGACGAGAAAGUCGGGGAGACGGUGAUUGACCUGGAGAACCGCUUCCUGUCACGAUACAACUCCUAUUGCGGCCUGCCGCAAACCUACUGCAUCUCUGGAAUCAACCAGUGGCGUGACCAGCUGAAGCCAUCUGAGAUCUUGGAGAACCUGGCUCGUCUGAAAGGACUAUCCAAACCCAGGACCGAGGACAACGGCAAUUCUCUCACCUUCAACGGCAGAGAAUACACGCUGGCUCCGUUUGAGGACAAGGACGAGAUCCACCAGCACUUGGGUCCGCCCCGGGAGCGUCUCUGUCUGCAUGUCCUCCGUACACAGGGACUGGUGCCUGAGCACGUGGAGACCAGGACCCUUUAUAGCAGCUUUCAGCCUAACUUGUCCCAGGGAAGACUUCAACUGUGGGUGGAUGUGUUUCCAAAAAGCAUGGGUGUACCCGGGCCCCCCUUUGACAUCACACCACGCAAGCCUAAGAAGCAUUUCCUGCGUGCUGUCAUCUGGAACACGACGGAUGUCACUCUGGAUGAGACGAGCAUCACCGGAGAGCACAUGAGCGACAUUUACGUUAAAGGAUGGAUGCCGGGCAUGGAGGAGGACAAGCAGAGGACGGACGUCCACUAUCGGUCUUUAGAUGGCGAUGGCAACUUCAACUGGAGGUUUGUCUUUGACUUUGACUACCUGCCCGCUGAACAACUCUGCCUCGUCUCAAAGAAGGAACACUUUUGGAGUCUGGACAAAACAGAGUUCAGGAUCCCCCCCAAACUGAUUGUCCAGAUAUGGGACAAUGACAAAUUCUCCCUUGAUGAUUAUCUUGGAACGCUGGAGUUGGAUUUGCACAACUUGGUUCCCCCUGCAAAGACCCCAGAGAAGUGUUCUUUGUCCAUGAUGGACAAUGUGGAAGUGGAAGCUCCACAGAAGAUGGAAGCUGCCAAGUCUCUGUUUGCACAGCAGUCAGUGAGGGGCUGGUGGCCCUGUGCUAUCGAGCGGCAUGGAAAGAAGGACCUGGGGGGUAAAGUGGAGAUGACUUUGGAAAUUGUAAGCGAAGUCGACGUGGAUGAGAAACCUGCAGGAAAGGGCAGGGAUGAGCCCAACAUGAACCCUAAACUGGACCCUCCAAAGCGCCCGGAAACAUCUUUCUUUUGGUUCACCAACCCAUGUAAGACCAUGAAGUUCAUUGUCUGGCGACGGUUCAGGUGCCUCUUCAUUGGACUCCUCAUUCUCGUCAUUGUGCUCCUCUUCCUUGCCAUCCUGUUGUACUCUCUACCGAACUACAUCUCAAUGAAGAUCGUGAAGCCUCUAUGAGUCAAUCUGCAAAGAACAAAGGAAAGCUAGUAACUGCCCAACACUUUUUAAAUCCAGUGUAGUUUUGUUUUUAGGCUGGUAAUGGGAAACUUGCCUGUUUGCACGAGUUUAGCAUCUUCUGCCACCCAGUACCACAUGUAAAUGUCACAAAAAAAUAAUCUCUGUUACAUAAAAGCACAAUACUGACAGAUUUGGGAUGCAGUAAGGAAUCACUAAAUGAAUGUAUUACAAAUCCAUUUUAAUUAAAAGUUAUUUUUUGUACACUAUACAGCACACACGGGAUUGGCUUGUACAUAUGGGCUACACAAACUAUUGUUUCCCUUUUCAAAAUGAAAAUAUAAAUUAAACGUGAACUGGAUUUA